AUGGCACCUCAGUCCGAGGAGCGUGACGCUCAGUUCAACGCCCUCAUUAAUGUCCUACACAGUGUCAAAAGCGACAUUUUCGAUCCCUUCACCAUCACUCGAACAUACUAUGAGUCUGCAGGAGUUCAAAUCGGUGUCGAUAUUUUGAUACCUCGCCGCCUCAAAAGCCAGAACCCACCAGUCAUAGUCAGGAUUCACGGCGGCUUUUUGAUAACUGGCUCCAGUUUGUUUCCUGCUUGGUUCUCCAAAUGGGUCCUUGACUUUGCAGAGGAGCAAGAUGCCGUUAUCAUCAGUCCAAACUAUAGACUUCUUCCUGAGGUGAAGGGCCGGGAUAUCAUUCAUGACAUGGGCAACUUCUGGAAUUGGCUGCAUUCUGGAGGACCUUCCCGUCAUCUUGCAGCGAUUGGGCAACACAAGCUUCAACUGAACCUUGCCAGGACCCUUCUUGUAGGCGAAAGUGCUGGCGGUUACCUGGCUCUGCAAUCUGUUCUAUCAGGUUUUGUCAGGCCCAAGGCAAUUAUCGCCCUUUAUCCAAUGGUCGACAUGAAAGCAGCUCACUUCACCAAGUAUUACGACAAGUCAAUCGUUGGUGUGCCAAACUAUCCUAACGAAGAUGUUGACAAGUUCCUUUCCGUCAAUGUUGUGAAGCCCGCAAUCACGGAGGCGGAUCCACCUGUAAGACUUGACUCGGCGAUGGCGGUUGUUCACAAUGGACGCUAUCUGGAACUUCUUGGUGAGGAUCCUGACUUGUUCGUCCUUGAGCGAAUUAAGAAGGUGGCCUUGACCUCCUCAAAUUAUGAAAAGUCUUUGUUUCCGCCACUAUUUCUACUUCACGGCGAGGGGGAUACCGCAGUGCCUGUCGAUGGUACACGGAAGCUAGUAGAUUACCUGCAACGGUUUGACCCAAAUACACAGAUUCACUUAGCUAUCAGACCUGGAGACCAUGGGUUUGACUUUAAGGCUACCAUCGAUGAGCCUUGGUUGAGGGAAGGGUUAGAUUUUGUCGUCGGUUCAUGGCUAGAUAGCAAGAGUCUUAUAUAG